AUGUUCAAGCUGGUGGUGUUGUCAGUUACCCUUGCUUUGAGUGCGGCCAAUGGAAUCGCUCCAUGGGGUCUAGGCCUAGGAUGGGGGGCGCAUUUGGGUGCUCCACUAGCAUCCUUAGUAGCUCCAGCAGCGAUUGCAGCUCCAGCGGCGAUCGGUCCCCUUGCCCUUGGCCACGGUGCCUACAACUACAGAGGACCUUUGUCACUGGCCCCCGGACAGCCCGCUAACAUCUUGGCUGCUGAUGGAAGACCUUUGGACACUCUUAGUGUCAACCUGGACCGUGCUGCGCACUACACCGCGAGGGCUGUAGACGGCGGUCAUCUUCUCAAGAAGCGUUCCGUAUUAGCACCAGCUGUGGCUUGGUCUCACGCUGCCCGUGUGGACUGGCCUGCUGCUCGCCUCAUUGCCCCAGCUGUUGCCCCCCUUGGUGUUGCUCCAAUUGCUCCUAUCGCACCUUGGGGUUUAGGACACGCCGCACGUUGGGGACACGGUUGGUGA